CUUUUCCACCGAGGUCAGCACUCAGAGGGACUCGUGUGCGCUGAGGAAGGGACCACGUAUCACUGCACCAGAGCAGCCAGCAUGCCGCAGUACAAGCUGACCUACUUCAACCUGCGAGGGCGAGCAGAAAUCAGCCGCUACCUGUUUGCCUACUCGGGCAAGAAGUAUGAAGACCACAGAAUAGAAGCAGCAGACUGGCCCAAAAUCAAACCAACUAUCCCAUUUGGCAAACUCCCUAUUCUGGAAGUAGAUGGAGUUAUCAUUCACCAGAGCCUGGCAAUAGCAAGAUACCUUGCCAGAGAAUCAGGUCUGGCAGGUCAGACACCUGUGGAACAGGCACUAGCUGAUGCCAUUGUGGACACCAUAGAUGACUUCAUGACACUGUUCCCUUGGGCAGAGAAAAACCAGGACGUGAGAAAAAAAGCAUUUGAUGACAUCCUCACCAACAAAGCACCUGAGUUACUGAAAGAUUUGGAUAUUUUCUUAGGGGACAAAAACUGGCUGGUAGGGAAUUCUGUAACAUGGGCCGAUUUCUACUGGGAUGUGUGCAGUACAACACUUCUGUCCUGUAAACCUGACCUGGCAGACAAAUACCCCAGGCUUUUGGCUCUCAAAGAGAGAGUGCAAGCACUUCCAGCUAUUGCAGCCUGGAUCCAGAAAAGACCAAAGAGUGUAAUGUAGAUCAGCUGUUCAGAAAAACAUAUGCAUGUUUAGUUUUUAAUGUGACUAGCAUCCUAAGUUAUUAACUUCAAAAUCAUUUAUGUUAACUUCAGAUGGGUACGCUGCAUCAAAUCAAAACCUACCACUUUUUCUAGGAAAGAAUUUAAAAUACUGAUUUGGUAGAGUAAUAAAUACUGUUUUGAA